UGCCUGCCUUCACUCCCACCUCCUCUACCUCCUCCUCAGUGCUAGUAACACCGGUAGGUUAGCUAUUGUCGGUCUGUCAGCCGGAGACACUAUACAUGCUUUGAUUUUACACUGCAGCCGCACCGGAUGAGAUAACGGAAGCCGCUCUCUCUGUGAUAUUCUCUAGCCUGAACUGGCAACAAGUGCAAGGAGUCAAGCAGAAGAAUAAUAAUCAGAACACAUAUAAUCCCACUCGGACUACGACGCACGGCUGUAACAAACAACAAAAGAGGAGGAUCAUCCGAGGUACUAGCUAACAGACAGAUUGACACUUUGACCGGCCAGGGCUUGAGAUAAAUGGCUGACAAGCAGAUCAGUUUGCCUGCCAAAUUGAUCAAUGGUGGGAUCGCUGGCCUUAUUGGAGUGACCUGUGUGUUUCCCAUUGACUUGGCCAAGACUCGCUUGCAAAACCAGCAAAAUGGAUCUCGCCUUUACACCAGCAUGUCCGACUGCCUUAUUAAGACCAUCCGGUCAGAGGGAUAUUUUGGGAUGUAUAGAGGAGCGGCGGUGAACUUAACGCUAGUCACGCCAGAGAAAGCCAUCAAAUUGGCUGCCAACGACUUCUUCAGGCAUCACCUCUCCAAGGAUGGAAAACUCACUUUGAUCAAAGAGAUGAUGGCUGGGUGCGGGGCAGGUACAUGCCAGGUUAUUGUCACAACUCCUAUGGAGAUGUUGAAAAUCCAGCUCCAAGACGCUGGACGCAUUGCGGCUCAGAGGAAGCUGAUGCCAGAGACGGUGGCAGCAGGCACUGUGGAGGCCAAGCCCCAAACAGCCAUCCAGCUCACCAGAGAAUUACUGAGAGAAAAGGGCAUCGCUGGGCUAUAUAAAGGCCUCGGUGCCACGUUGCUCAGGGAUGUUCCGUUCUCCAUCAUCUAUUUCCCGCUUUUUGCCAACCUGAAUAACCUGGGUAAACGAGGUGUAGACGGGCCCGCUCCUUUCUAUGUGUCGUUCAUAUCAGGCUGCCUUGCAGGAAGCACAGCGGCUGUUGCUGUCAACCCUGUCGAUGUGAUAAAGACUCGACUGCAGUCCCUGAAUCGAGGGAGCACAGAAGACACGUACAGCGGAGUGACUGACUGUAUCAGGAAAAUCUUGCGUAAUGAGGGUCCAUCAGCCUUUCUGAAGGGAGCCUACUGUCGAGCCUUGGUCAUUGCGCCUCUGUUUGGCAUCGCCCAGGUGAUCUACUUCCUGGGUGUGGGUGAAUUUAUCCUCAGCUUCUUGCCUAAAAAAGACAACUAAAAAGCACCUCCUUUUUCUGCCUUUCCCUCCCAUAAUGCAUCACUGCAUCUACGUGAGGACUCAUCUCAUUCUGAAAAGAAGUUUUUGAUCGUAUUUUGGGUCAGGGCGUGACCAAUCAGUACAUUUUUGUUUUUCAAAUUUGUUGUUGUGUUGAAUGUUGAAGUAGUUUAGGAGGGAGCCUUUGUUUUGCCAAGCUGCCUGUGGUGGCACACACAAAUUCCAGUAGGUAGGCUCAGCUCAGCUCUCUGGAUAUGAAGCCACAAAUAUCAGCUCAAGUUUUGAAGGAAUAUUGCUUUACGAUUUAACAACAUGUUAUUGCAUUUUUGAAGAUGAUUGUUGAAAUUUCAAAGUAGACGCACAGCCGCUGCAGGUCGCUGCAGUUCUGCAAGCUCUACAGUACCUAAUUAUUUUAAAUAGCAUUAGCCUCUGAAUGACUGAGAAGACCAAUAGUGGUCCAUUGAAAAUUAUAAACUGCAACUACCUACUUUAAAUGCACAUACCUUACUUAGCCACAUAAGAUAACUUAGAACACAUUCACUAAAACUUAUAUUUACGAUUUUCCCCAGAGCUUAUGUCUUAAAUGAUAGCACACUUGUUUCAGACAAAGAUGCAGGGAAUGUGUUGAUGUGAGACCAGCACACACUUUACGAUCUUUCCUGGGAAGCUACAUCCCUUCCUGUAAGUAGUUAUAAUGACUCAGCCAUUCAGCUCCGAGCAUACUUUGAUUGCCUUGGCUUUUUAAGUAGAUCAGGUUCCAUCUGAUAUUUAGCGCUACCACAAUGGUUUGACUGAGUGAAAGAUAGCUGUGCUCCACAUAAGACUCAAGUGACGGUUUAAAACAUUCGGGCUUUAUGUACCAAACUACAUAUAAACAUAAAACUCUAAUCAGAAUCAUAAAAAAGCUCAAGCAGGUCCUAUUUUCUGACCACACCCCAAUCAGUGAUGUCACAGCAGGGGGUUUUAAGCUUUGACGGACAAUGGAAAACACCUGCUGUGACAUCACUGAUUUGAUUGUGGCCAGAAGUACAGUAUGCUUUAAACAUUUCAGUCCACAGAGAGCAGAGCAGGAGCACAAUGAAUUCUGCCACUGCUAAUUCAUUGUGGAUUCAGUUGAAAGCAUUGAAGACUGUAUGAUUUGAAAGUAAUUGUAAAAGAAAGCCGAAUUAUUAGCAGACAUUCAGUAAUUAUGUCGUCAAAUGGUCAGACAUAAACCCGCUGAGGCCUCAAACAUACAGUCAACCCAUUGUGGAGCCAGUAAUACCUUCGCUGAAACAGUUCAUUUCCCUUUACAUCCACAUAUAAUUGUUUACAGAAGAGUUGAGUCUCUAUUUAAAUUCAUGAAAUGUGUCUGAACUUGAAUUCAGCGGCAGGACCCAAAGAGCUAAUGGGGGGGGAAAAGUCUUUAUCUGAAAAUCAAACCAAUGUAUUUUCAGUGUUUUAUGAUUUUUUUUCUUUUAACCAAACAUCUCUCACUUGUUAGCUUUUGAGGUUUUAUUUGCUUUAAGCUGCUCGUAAGAAAAAAAAAAGCAGUCCUGUUGUAUCUCUUUUUAUGCAUCACCUCACUGAAGCCCUGCCAUUGGCUUAUCUUGCCGGAGAUCAAGGUGACUUUGUGUGUAUUAUCCAAUCACAUUCCUUCCUUGCUCCCACUGUUCGAAGCAGGUCGUCACUUGUACUGUUGCACUGUAGUUAUGCGAUGCAACUUUUAAAUGUAUUAUCAUUUUGUGGGAGUGAGAACUAUUUAUCUAUAUUCCUUUCAAUAGGCAGUAUAGCACUAUGUAUUUGUGUGUGUUCUUUUUCUGUGUCAAAGUGUCCACCUUAACUAUAUUGUACAUAUGCAGAUAAUAUGAACUUUAUGUUUUAGGAUUUAUCGUUCGUUUUGUACAUGAUGGCUUAUUUGCACACCUACCUCUCCAGCUCCCCUCCCCUCAAUCCAUAUUGUGGUGAUUUUAUGUUAUGAUGAUGUGGACAUAUCAACUGAAGGAACAUGUUUUAAUGCAGCAAGCAUCAUUGGAACUUAAAUGCAGCAUAUUGAUGAGGGUUUUUUUUUUUUACUGUAUGCAAAGGGGAACACUAGAGUAGAUCUAGAUGGUUGCUUGGAGGUGCCAUUUCUCCUGAGCUCCUGGUGAAGUCUGUGGGUCGGCCUAUUGUCCCGUUUCCUACUGUUUUAUCAACAUGGACCAAAUGAAACAUCAUUUAAUGAUGAUAGAAAUGUAGUUAGCUCUAAGUUAAUGAUCAUUGGCACUACUUAAACAGUUCUGGAAAUUGUAUGAACACUGGACAAGGCCAGUAGUGACCUGCGGACUUCAGACUCUAAAUUUAACAUCUGUAUUUUUGAACGGUGCUUCUUUCAUGAGGUAGCUCCAAUGUAACAGUGGCGGCACUAAUGACCGAGGCUGUACCAACUGAGUCGUGUGCUAGCGCAUCUCAGCAUUAUCAAUGUAACUAACUUAACUGAAAGCCAUAGGUCAGGGAGGGACGACAGAGCUGCUAGACAUCGACUGGCACCUCCGGCCAUGAUGACAGAUAGCAGCUGAGCCACGGGAGAACGGCAACAGACCCGCCCACUCGUGUGAGCUCAUCCACAUGAAUUACCGUCGUGGUUUUAUUGACAUUCCUAUUGCCAGUUCAUCUCACAUAUGCUGUUAUUGUGAUCACGAUGCCUAUUUUUGUGUUGUUGAGAUUAUUGUUAUAAUUUUUAAACCUUCCUCCCUCCCCUUUCCCCCCCACUGCUCCCUGUUUUCAGAUUGUUUUUUUUUCUGUUUUUGGUUGAUUCUUGAAAAAAUGUUGUACAACUCGUUUAGCUUUACUCAGCUGUGAAUUUUCACUGAUCUCGUGCAUUUGGUUCUGUAUGCGUUUGUGUGUCUGACUCUUUAGUGCUGUAGUUGUUGUGGAGUUGUUAGCGUGACACUGCGGUAUUUUUCUCUUUAAUUGUCAGUCCCAUGCUUUCUUCCCCUCUUUCCUUCUUUCCCUCACACUCCUCUGCCAUCCUCUCCCCCCCGCCACCAUCGCCGGGGUGCAGGUUAAUGCAGAGGAGCUCUAAAACACCAAAUGUAUGAGUUAGAGUGUAUACAAUCAAAGAAAGCACAAAGGAUUAUUAGGCACAAGACAUCACGUUGAAUAUGCUCAGACAAAGUCCUUGGAUGUGAAUCUUGACAUUGAAAAACGUGGAUUGAAGUCUGAAAUGUAUUUUAGUGGAGAUGUUGAUCGAAAUUUUAGUCGUGCAGGAAACUUGGAUGUCUGUAAAACUUGAUUCAUUGGGCUGAGACGUUAGGUCAUUAUAAGAGACCCACUAUCAGCAGUGAUCCACAUAAUGUAUAUCGUCUACAUAUUAUAAAUGAAUCAAAUAUAAGAAUGUAACUUAGAUAUUAUAAGAUGUAUUAUAAUUAUAGUAAAGACUUUAUUACAUUUUAAUCUAAAGAUUUGUGCUUCACACAUUCACUGAAAAAUUCAUGAACCAGCUCACUGAUAUGCAAUAAGUAGAAGCCACACACUAGAAAAAAACACAACCUGUCAAUCACAAUAUCAGACAAUAUAUGAAUAAUGCAACCGGGGACUUUAGAGGCCUUCUGGGGUCUGAGCUCUGUUCUCUUCCUCCAAGAGGAACCGUGCAUUAUAGCACUUUAAAACAAUGACCCCCCCACCCCACUGUCCAUCUAUAAUGUCUCUGUGAAUGUGCGGUGAAUGACACAGUUGUCCGAGACAUUAUUUACAAUGCAAUGAAAAAAAAAACUAAUAAAAUAUUGUGUUCCCUGUCACAAUUUGCUGUUCAAUAAACUGACUGUCCUGAA